AUGGACAUGUACACUGUACAAGAACGCCCGAUCGUAGCGUGUGAUAAAAACCGGGAAGUUAGUUUAGAUGAUAUUGUCUUAUGGAACCACAACAAAACUAAAGAGGCUGAGCUCUACUAUGACGCAUUGCCAGAAGAAUUAUUGGUGACAACGUGGGAUGAAGGACCAUAUUCUUCAUACAAUAACAUAAAUGGAAAAAUCGUCGGUGGAGGUUAUGCUUUCCAAAUCUUUGAUAUAAUAGCAAAGAAAUUAAAUUUUAAGUACCGAAUCAUUCCACCUGAAGAUCUAACAAUCGGUAACAAUGAAACGGGUAUGAUCAGCAUGCUGAACCAAUCGAAAGUUGACAUGGCGGUCGCGUUUAUACCAAUAAUUCCAGAGUACAUGAAUUUCGUUGAAUUUAGCCCGAUCCUAGAUUCCUUGGAAGUGUCAGUACUACUGGAACGACCAUUACAGUCUGCCAUCGGGUCUGGACUUCUUGCUCCAUUCAGCAAGACCGUUUGGAUCUGUAUAUUUGUGUCGUUAGCCUUAGUGGGUCCAAUUAUUUACUUCGUAACUUCGUUCCGUACUUGGUUAUGGGACCGUACUACCCAAGAUAGGUAUUCAUUUAUCGAUUGUGUCUGGUUUACUUACGGUGCUAUACUAAAACAAGGAUCAGCAAUCACUCCUGAAGCUGGUAGGUUAUCUGUUUACCUUUUAUUUCAAUGUUUUAGUAUUCUUAAGGGACUCGGUGGUCUAGCGGCCUAA